UCAUUCAUUUUGGGUAAUUGUGCUUUAUGCAGGUAUUGUUAGGUAGUUUCAUUACAAAUGUACAUAAAAUUUAGCUUCAAUCUAAACGUUAGACGAAAGGGUUACCUUUGUCUCUUUUUCAUCACAAUGUGUUAUCACAACCGUACCUUCUGCAAUCCAGUGGUCCAAAGGUUAUCUCUGUCCGUUCUCAUUCAUUCUUUGGUCUUCAGGAGGAUUCGACGCCUCGAACACUCUCUCUGAACACGUGUCGACGGUUUGCAGUGAAGGAACAUAAUGAAUCUGCAGGAAUACUUCAGAAGGAUCGGGUUCGGCGGCGUGUACGAGAAACCCGACUUGGCCACACUCCGCACCGUCCACGAGCUGCACGUGAUGAGCGUCCCCUUUGAGAACCUCAGCAUCCACUGUGGAGAGCGGAUCACCAUGGACCUACAGAUCAUUUAUGAGAAGAUCGUGAGAAACCGUCGUGGAGGAUGGUGCUGUGAAAACAACCUUCUUUUCUCCUGGGUGCUGAGAGAGAUGGGUUACAAAUACACCAUGUUGGGUUCUAGAGAAUUCCAAACCCUCAAAAAUGACUUCAGCCCCAUGGAUUCCCAUCUCAUUAACAUGGUGGAGAUCGAAGGCAAGCCGUAUGUAGCUGAUGUGAGUUUUGGAGUGUCGUACCAGAUCUGGUACCCGUUAGAAAUGAUUGCAGGUAAAGAUCAACCACAGCCAUCAGGGAUCUUCCGCCUGCUGAAGGACGGUGAGACUUGGAUGCUGGAGAAGACCGGAAGGAAGCCAGUGAUCCAGAACAAAGCCCUCGCCAAACCCAGCUUCAUCGACAAACGCCUGACGAAGCCGAUACACUCUUUCGUAUUAACGCCACGUGGGAUUGAUCAUUUCCUGAACACAAGUGAGUACCUGCAGACCAGCCCCGAGUCUCUGUUCACCCAGAAAUCCAUCUGUUCCCUCCAGACCCCAACCGGGUUCAGAUCUCUGAUUGGUUGGACCUACUGUGAAGUCACUUUUAACCCUGACGAAGACACGGAUAUCAUCGACAUAAGAGUUUUAGCUGACAGUGAGAUAGAGACUAUACUAAAGGAAAAGUUCAACAUCGUUUUAGCUAAUAAACUAACGCCAAUUGACAACAAAGCUGCAUAAGAAGAAUAUGGUGUCUAUACAUCGUGCACAGUUUUAUAAGAUAUCGCUAACAACCAAGAUCAUAACGUCAGCCUUUUUGUGCACACAAAUUCGAAACAUUCUAAAUUUACAUUUACAGCAUUUGGCAGACGCUCUUAUCCAGAGACUUGCAUUAUCUCAUAUUUAUACAACUGAGCAAUUGAGGGUUAAGGGCCUUGCUCAGGGGCCCAGAGAUAGCAGCUUGGUGGAUCUGGGAUCAAACUCACAACCUUCUGAUUGGUAGCCCAACACCUUAACCACUAGGCCACCACAUGCCCUCUAAAUACACCAUGUUGGGUUCUAGAGAAUUCAAAGCCCUCAUCACUCCUCACACUGCACCCCGCAACCUCCGAUCUACCAGCACUGCUCGACUGGUUCCACCAUCUCUCAGGGUAAGAGGCAAGUAUACUACAAGACUCUUCUCUGUUCUGGCACC